AUCGAUUAUCCGGAAAACAAUCGAUACUUGGCCGGUGCUGCCAGACAGCUGCACUUACCAUGCUGGCAGCACUGCUACAGCUGUUCCGAAUAGUUGUAAACAAUUUCCAAUAAGACGGAAAUGAAGGACUAUUUCACCUGGACCUACCCGGAUAUACCCGAAAAUGUGGCCCAGGAACUGCGGCAGCUGAACAGUUCGCUGGUCGUGGUGGGAAUCGUGGGCCGGUCGAAAUGCGACCAGGCCAACAAGAUGCAGGCCUUUGGCAUGGAGCCGCCCAUGGAGCACUCGGCCAGGGAUGGCCAGGUGCAGUGCUACUACAAGCCGGGCACCUCCAGCCUGCUGCUGCACUUCGAGACCACCUACGACGAGGCGAUCCUGGGCCAGAUGAUAGACGCCUGCAUGGAGGAGCCGGAGACUCCGUUCGACUUCGAUAGCUUCUACGAGGGAAUGCGGUGCCGCUUCGUGCGCAUGGUGCUGCUGGCGCUCCACGUCUGCCACAUUGUGGUCUACGUGGAGACGGGCCAGACCUUCGAUCCCACGCUGGUCACCGUGUUCCAGCUGCUCAAGUUCGCCAGGGAGCAGCAUUUGAUGCAGUUUUUGCCGCAAAUGCUCAGGGAUGGGAUGCCCGCCGCCAGGAUGGGCGAGAAGGCGCGGCUGUGCGCCCCCCGGAUUCUCUUCCUGUUCGAGAACUUUCCGCGGGAAGAGGCCAAGACGCGCGAGUGCGUCUCCGCCUACGAGUUCCAGACGGAGGACUGCAUCUACGAGCUGCUGCGCCACCACAACAUCGUGACCAACAGCAGCAGCAGUUCGCUGGUGGCCCUGCCCAACAACAAGCAGUUCGUGUUCUUUAACGCCCACGAACAGCUGCAUCCCGACAAGCUGAUGAAGGCCAUCGAGUGCCUCAACGUGGCCAUGUACAAGCCGGAUGUCAAGGAGGAGGAGGAGGACCUGGAGAUUCUCGAGCUGGCCCCUUUCGAGGGCUUCGUCAAGCCCUUUGGCGUUCCGGCGGAUGAGAAGGAGCUGGAGCAGCAGCAGUACAAGAAGGAUCACACGGUCUGGCAUUUUCUGCAGCGACACGUCCAGGAUGCCCUGUCAGGCUGCUUUGACGAGGGCUCCUUCAAGCAGCCGCCCCAACCGGGGCAGUUCCAUCUGCUAAAUAUCCAAGAGUGGCACGAUUGGAUGGCCACACUGCACAGGCUGUUGGUGGAGAAUGCCAAGAAUCCCAAUCUAGAGACCAGCAAUGACGAAUAUAGACUCUACCUGCAGAGCUUUGACGAGAGCUUGAACUAUGAGAAAAAAUUUUGGGCUCACCUGUGCGAACUGGGCCUGAAGAAGGGCAUUUCCGCCUACAAAAGCGCCGCUCCCGCCAACUACGGCAGCUCCACCCACCAGCAGCUGCUGGCCGAGGCCACCGUGGCCUUCGAGGAGGAGGGACGCGGUCCGCAGGCCAAGGCGGCGCUGGCCAAGCUGGCAGCCGUUUGCCAAAAGCACUGGCAGGAUGGACGGCAGCAAUGCGAGCAGCCCAGCCUGCGCUCCCAUCCCUGCACCCUGCCCAAGAGCGUGCCGCACGAGAAGCACAGCAGCGGUGUGGUCCACAUCUCCAGCUGCAACUGCGGCCGGACGCAGGGUCGCCGCGAGGAUCCGUUCAGCCUGCGGCAGGCCAACUACGAGUUCUACGACCACAUGGCCCAGAUGUGCAACCUGUGCGUCAAGGUCAAGCAGUACCAGUUCCCCGUUUUCGAGCCCUCGGUGAGCGACUAUCGGGCGGCGGCCUUUGAGGCAGCAUUUCCGCUGCUGCACACGGGCAAGGGUGGUCCACCCCAGGACGAAGACGGCGAGGAGGAGGAUGAGGAGGAGCCGGAAGAGGAGGAGGAGGAGGAAGGCCAGGCGCCACAGCCGCCGGUCGAGGAGGAGGAGGAGCAGCCGAAUUCCGCCAACAACGGCUGCUCCCAGCCACUUUCACUCACCUUUGGCUCGGAUCUAAACAUGUCCAUAGCUGGCUUUGGAGCCUCCUUAAACGCAUCGCAGGCCAGCUCCGAGCAGCUGACGAAUUCCGACCAGAACGGCUCCACGAGCAGUGGCACCUCCAGCGCCGACACGGACAACGAACUGGUGGUGCAGAUCCAGGAGAAGGACAAGAAGGAGGCCGGUCCACCGGACACCUUUUCCACCUCCACAUCCACCACGGAGUACCUGCCCGGAUUGGUGCACACCGUCAGCGACUUUGGCCUGCUGCCGCUAUUCCCCAGCUGGUCCCUGGCCUGCGUGGGCCCCAGCUCCAUCUACAGCCACAACACCGGCCUGCAGGAGCACUUCCAGAGCGGCUUCCUGUCCGGCGCCAACUUCCUGCUGCCCUGGGAUGUCCAACUGCGGCUGGUGCACGCCCCCAAGCAGCAGCAGCAGCAGCAGCACCACCCGCAUCACCAGCAGCAGCAUCCGGGGAAGAAGCAGCAGCGCUGGAAGAAGCAGGGCGACCGACUUUCGCUCAAGAUCUUCGUGGGCAUGGAGUACGAGUGCUCGCGCGGCCACCGCUUCAUGAUGUGCGCCCCGGACCGAGUGCUGCGCGGCGGAGCGGACAUCGAGCGGGAGACCUGCAGCAAGGUAGUGCACAACAACAUGCCGCUCUACUACCCCUGUCCCUGCCGCUCGCAGAACAACUACCUGGCCCAGCUGAUGCGCAUCCAUGUGGUCACGCCCAAGGCGCCGGUCAACAUCAUUGUGGACCCCAAGGUGUGCGUGGGCAAGGGCAAGUACACCUUCACGCUGGGCAGCAUCAUCCCGCCCCGCCUGUCGCAGAGCGCCUACUGGAUCGUCCGGCUGCCCUUCGUCUACCAGGGCGACGAUGUCCUUAUCGCUCCGCCGGACAAAUUCGAACCGGAUGACCCGAUGGCCGGCGGCUACCUGCUGGCCGGGAUGUUCGGCGUGGCCGAGACGGAUCCCUCGAUGGAUCUGAACGAGCCUGGUCGGAUGGCAGGGUCCGCAGCAGGAAACUUUACUAGAAUUUAAGGCUUUAAUCUAUAAAAAUAAACACAGAAAGUCAUGGACCCGCAACUAUUACAAGUUUUAAUUUUAACGGAAAAUCAAAGUUCAAUACCGAAAAUAAGGAAGAAUGCCAGUUAGAUAUAUAUAUAGACUUAAAUUUCUUUGAAAAAAAUAUUGGAUAUGGUCGUUCGAUUGUCAUUCUUUUUACAUAUUCAAAUCAAAAUACGAUGGAAAAGUUGUAUUUUUAAAGCUAAACUUCCUUAAACCUAGUUGAAUUAUAGGCCAAUAUAAUAAAAAAAUAUUGAAAAUAUUUUUAAACUUUUUGGUAAAGCACUUUUUCAAUACACC